CCCAGUGGGAGAGCCAGGCCGCUCCCUGUGCCAUGUAGCACAGAUUGGGGGUUGCAGGUGUUUGGCUGGUUACAGCCAGCAUGGCUUGCGAAUGGCUCUCUCCUUAUUCCUGGGCUUCCUACCCAGCCAGGGCCUUCAGCUGCAAGUGGCUUCGGAGAUCCUACUGCAGCGUGAGAUACGUUAGUAUCCUAGUCUUGUGUAUAAUCAGCACAUUCUUGGGCUCCAUGUACUUCAAGAAGCCGACUGAAAAUCAAACCAAGGGAAAGAUUUCAGAGGCUCAGUCUGCCAUGAAACUUCUAUCGCCGGAAAAUUACAAGUCCUUGUUCACCUACAAUGGAAUCUGGCUCGUGCCCAAGAACCAGUGCACGUGUGCCAGCGCCAAGCACGUGGAAAUCUACCAGAUGGAAGAUUACGUCGAUAAGAAAGACAUCGCCUCCCUGAGAGCGAGGCGCCAGCGGGAGUUUGAGCACUACCAGAAAAGGUACCCCUCGAUGACUCCAGAUCUGGUGAUAGCCAAGGCAAACUUGCCAUUAAGCUUCCCUAUUCAAGGAGUGGAGGUGAUGCCCCUGUGCACCAUUGUGAUUCCAGGGCUUCGUGUGCAGGGACUGGAAGAAGAAAAGUACAAGGUGAUCCUACAAGCAUCCCUGGGAACCCUCAACACGCUGGCGGACGUCUCCGAGGACACCGUGGAUGGGCGGGGCCAGAAAGAGCUGACCAUCUCGACCUCCGAUUUGGAGCUGCUGAAUUUCAUCCUGGACCACAUCACGUACACCAGUGCGGUCUACCAGCUCCAUGCAGUAGACCUGAUGACUUUCCGGAGCAGGCAGCAUGUCGCUCGGUUUCCUGUGAUCACCCGCCAGCCCAGCCUUCCCAAGCUGUUUGAUCCGGGGGCAGACAGGAAGAUCAGCUCGCUGGUGACGAUCACGACCAAGACGUUCUUGCGCUACCACAAGCUGCGGCGCCUCAUCGCGAGCAUCCGGCAGUACUACCCAGACAUAAAAAUCAUCGUCGCCGACGACAGCCGAGACCCGGAAAAGAUUGAGGAGGCGAAUGUGGAGCAUUACAUCAUGCCCUUUGGGAAGGGUUGGUUCGCAGGAAGAAAUCUUGCGAUCUCUCAGGUCACCACCAAGUACUACCUGUGGGUUGACGACGAUUACUUAUUCACCGAAAACACCCGGAUCGACAAACUGGUGGACGUGCUGGAGGGAACCAACUUAGAUAUGGUGGGCGGCAGCGUGGGCGGGAACACCUUCAGCUUCCAGCUGCUCUACGAGCAGGGCGGCGACAGCGGCUGCCUGCACUUGAAGUACGGCUCCUUCCACGAGCUGGCCGGGUUCCCCCACUGCACGGUCACCAGCGGGGUGGUCAACUUCUUCCUGGCCCACACGGACAAAAGCAGACAGGUCGGCUAUGACCCGGCUCUGCAGCGAGUGGCCCACUCAGAAUUUUUCAUGGACGGCCUGGGCAUCUUGCUUGUUGGUUCCUGCUCUGAUGUUUCUAUAGGCCAUCAAGAACAUAAUCCUAGCUCUGACCCUGACCCGAAGGUAGAAAACGAAUACAGAAAGUUCCGGGCCAACACGCCAGCCCAGGUCCAAUUCAAGCUUGCGUUGCACUACUUCAAAAACCGGCUGAAGUGCUACUCUAAACGAUAACCGUUCGCCCUGCCGGUGCUGGUCUAUAGACGUCUUCCUACUGCCCAUGGGAGGGGGCCAUGCUGGGGACCAGCCUAACUUAUUGGUUUGCACCAUGCCGGUUGCCUGCCUUUUGCACGUGCCUUUUGCUAGAACCUUUGUAAGAGGCCGACUUUGGGAUCUGUUUGCUCCGACUUGAAACGGACGCCACUGUUCUGCGCCAUGGGCGCUCGGACCCAUUCCAAGGCCUGGAAAUGUUUCUCCGCCCGUCAGACGAGGCAGUUUGGCGAGAACGGAGCCAGACUGGCCAUCGCCUUGCACCGGGUCCUGUCCAGCAGAGUGAAAGGGGCCUGGAGGGGGAGGAACUGCUACCACUAUAAGGGACGCGGAGAUGCUCUCCUGCACUGCAGCGAGGGGCGCGGGAACUGCUCACGCCCAGCAGCAGCAGCACAAGGACAGUGUGUUCACACCGAAAUGCCUGAUUUCUCCAGAACGGAAUCCAUGAGACCCUCCUCCGGGUUCUCCUUCCUCAAGGACCAGAGUGCGGAUGCUGGCAACCUGGUUUAGCUGUGCAGCUUUCACUCGAGGAGGAAACUGCAAACUGUUAAUUACCCUGCCCGAAGGCAGAGCAAGCGCACGACCGGAGUUCUUUUCGGGUACUUCUGCCUUGGGGCGGGGGCAGAACUCGGCCAUUGGGUGGGCGGGCGAUGCUGACUGUCUCUUGCUAGCACCUUACUGUGGCAGGGGCGCUCAGUUACAAUUGGACAGUACGUCCCACGCUGCCACUUUCAGCGGGGUUCCUGUGUUUUCCUACUGUCCUGGGGAUAAUUAAAAUCUCUGAUUUGAUUUGAAAAUGGACUUACCAGUAGAACUUUCCUUGGGGUUCUGGAAAGGCCUUCGGAGCCGUCAUGCCAGAGAUGAAAUUCUUUGCACCCUGCAUCCCCAUCAAGUGACUGACAGCUUCCUCCAUCACAGUGAGGAGAGGGAUUUUCUACACUUGCUCUCCUUUUAACAACUGGGUAAGAGAUUGCUGUAUCUCAGAAGAACGGCCAGAGUGGGUCAGACCAACAGUCCAUCCAGCUCAGGGUCCUGUCUGCCCACAGUGGCCAAUGCCAGAUGCCCCAGAGGGA